AUGGCGGUUGAUUGCGAAGGAUUUUCCAUCAGAGAGUACACGCGCAACAUAAGAAGUGUUGAGGUGCGUAAAUGCUGGCCCUUCUCCGGAGAUGUCACCGGAGAACUUAUUCAGUCCCUUCUUCCUCCGAUAACCGUCGUCAAGUUCCGGUGGUGGUCUCAUGAGCUAGCCUCUCUGCUAACAAAAUCUCCGGAUGGUUCCGAUCCGGCCUUUCGACGAAAGGCGAAGUCUAACAAGCGCUCCGUCGUUGAGUUAGCACGCAGAGAAGACGAGAGAGACGAUUCCGAGGUCUUAAUCGAUUCAAAGCGAAAGAAAUCGAAAGAUACCUUCGAUGCGAAAACUGCAAACAAGGUUAAUAAUUGCAAAGAAGAUGCUCGAGAAAAUGCUGAUGAUGGGAAAUGCAGUAUUGGGACUCAAGGAAGAUCUGGUGUGAUGUCUCUUAACAGGAAGAAGGCUGGAGUGAGAUGCUUAUCUUACACAGAGGAGGAUUUGUUUCCGGAUUCUCCAAAAUCAGUCAGUCAGGAUUGGGAUUCUGAGUUCAAGAUUCCUGGAAAUUUGAAAGUUUGCUCGGUGAGGAGUCCUGAUAAGUCGAAAAGUUAUGCUUCUCAGAGUGAGAAACAUGUCAGAUUCUCUGAUAAUAAUGGAAUACUUUCCCAUCUGGAGAAGAAUGGAUUCUCUGUAGAGCAAUGCUGCUUGAAUAUGAGUAAGUUAAGUCUCUUUGCUGCGGAGGAUCAAUCAUCUGUAGGUGACAAGAAAAUGGUGGUCGUAUCAAAUGGCAAUAUGCAGUUUCAGUCUGCGGUUUCAGAGAGACGGUUAAGUCAUGCUCGAGGGAAUUCUAGCUUGUCGUGUUUUGCUGGACCACAUCUCUCACAGGAAAGAAUUAAGGAUGCAUUGGAUUUGGAGAGAAAGAGACAUGUGGAUCAACCUGUUCAACCAUUCAUCUCUGAUUUGAGUGAGAGUCUGUACAGAAGUUGUUCUUCCUCGUUUCAACAUACAUCAGCUGAUAUGCAUUGCAGGACAUUGCUGUACCAAUCCCCUUUUGAUCCAUUUCAAGUGGAAAGGAUACAAAGACAUGUAGAAGCAGAUGCGAUCCCGGGGUUUACUCUCAAUGUACAAGGUGAGCUAGUCGAAGCAAAUGGUGAAGGCUGUAGAAGUUUAGGUACUGGUUGCUCUAUAUCUGCAUCUGCUGAAAAUGAUCUUUUACUCAAGAACUCAGUGGACUUUUCCAGUGGGAAGAAGCAUUCAACAGAUCCAGCAAUUACCAAAGAUGGUGGCAAGAUCCCAGUGCAUAAUGAGAGACGCCUUAAGUACUUUCCAGCUAGGCUAGGCAUUGAUGAGAUCUUCACCGAGGAUGGAGAGUGCGGUCAAACUGUCCACUCCCCGGUUCCCCAAGUCAACCCGACGAGCCACACACUCAAUCUGCAUCAAAACGUUACUAGCAGAGAUAUGGUUGCAGAUAGUGAUGGUUUGUGUUUACAUAACACUCAAGCAACAAUGCGGCUGAUGGGUAAGGAUGUUUCUGUUGGCACAAGUUACUCAGAUUUGCUUAGAGCUGGCCAGAGGAUCAUAGCACCAGAUGCUUCUGUAGAUUGUCCCUUUUUGGAGAGCCAUACUCAACAGAGCUGGCUAUGGCCAAGGACAACACUUGGGAUUUCAGAAAACCAUUCAGCUGCAUCAUUGGACAAGAAUUGGAGCAGAAAUUUGUUGUGUGAUCCUUCAAAGGAUCCUUAUCCUUUGUUUUGGGAACCAAGUGUGUGCUUGGCUCCGGAAGCCAGAACAGAGUUUCCUCCCACAUUCUUGUAUCCAUGUGGUUCACACGUGCCUUGUCCAUUGACUGAUAAGGAUCUCAGCUUCCAUGGGUAUGGUUCAGGGCAGCAACUAAACAGUUUCACAUUCAGCCACCAACAACUACUACCUUUUCAAUCUCAUCCGGAGAUUCCUUGUGAUUACAACAAUGUCGGUAUUGGUCACUUACCUGAUGCUAGAAAACCAUCUUUCGGAUUACCUUUCUCUUGCACAGAUUCUACUAGACAGCCACAGCCUCAUUAUUGGCCACAGAGUUCCUUUGAGAGCAGCUCGCGUUUGGGAAUGCCUUGCAUCACCAAUCCCGCAGAGCAACUAGUUUCCUUGUAUGAGUCCAGGUCAUCUUCUUCUUCUUCUUACAUAAACGUUGGAAAAGCAAAUAAGCGGCUAGCAUCUGUAGAGGAAUAUCCACUGAAGAAACAGAAAAUCCCCAAGUUUCCAAUGCAAGGUGGCUUCAACUCUGAGAAAGAGUCCUUUGGAGGCCAGCAAAUUAGGAAAGCACAAAUCUAUAAGUCUUAA